GUUGGCCACCCCUCGGCGUGCGCGCGUCAUUCGGCGACGGACCGCCGUCCGCGCAACAUGGCGGGCGCAAGCGCCUUGGCGACGCUCCUUCUGUUACACUUGUGCCUCGUACACACUGAAGUAUUAACACCGAGGUAUUUUAACUUAGCCUCUAAAAAGAAGAUUACAGCGACGGCUACCUGCGGCGACGAGGGACAGGAGUUGUACUGCAAGCUGGUCGGCGCGAACGCGGAUCACGACGAGCAUGUCAUUCAAGGACAGGUGUGUGACAUCUGUGACGCGACCAAUGAGGCCAAGAAGCAUCCUCCGGAGUAUGCCGUGGACAGCUCGGAGACGUGGUGGCAGAGCCCGCCGCUCUCCCGCGGUAUGAAGUACAACGAAGUCAACCUCACCAUCGACCUCGGACAGGAGUUCCACGUGGCUUACGUAUUCGUGAAGAUGGGCAACUCCCCGCGUCCUGGUCUCUGGGUGCUGGAGAAGUCAACGGAUUACGGGAAGACCUUUAAGCCUUGGCAAUACUUUUCCGACUCGCCUCAGUGAGUACCUAUUUCCUACGAUAUUUUUGUCCCUUAGUUUAAAUAAGAAAGGUCUUAUCUAAUCUUUUACUGCGAAGCAAAAGCCUUUUACCCAAAGAGAAUCUAACCACUUGAGAGCCGAUAGGCUUAUUUCUUCUAAGAACGCGACUCACAACAGCGGGUCGGGGAGUGAAGAAAAAUGCGCGCUUGUGAUUGGCUAAUGCAACAAUGUCAGUACAAAUAUUUCUGCAAAGUGCCGUUCAAUAAUUUUUUUCCAAAUUAAUCGAUAUCGAUAAAUCGACUUUAUGAUUCUUUUAAUUCGACUAUACAAAUAGUCGUAGAAAUACCCUAUUUAAAUGAAAGGUAAUGAUGGUAAAAUAAAAUAAUGUAUAAAUGUGAUUUUGUUAAAAACUUCAUAUAAUCUAUAAUUGCCAUGUGCAAAAUGUACUAGAACGGCCCUUAUUAUUGAGGUUGUGAAAUAGAUAUGCAA